AUGGUCUCAGAGACCCUAGACAUCCAGGUCCUGGUUCGGGCCAUGUACGACUACGAGUCGGAGGAUGCAACAAACCUGACCUUCAAGAAGGAUGAUGUGAUUCAGGUCCUCGCUCAACUCGAUUCCGGUUGGUGGGCAGGCCAUUGCCAGGGCCGCCAGGGCUGGUUCCCCUCCAACUAUGUCCAGGUCCUAGGAGACGAUGACCUCGACUCACAGGAUGAAGACGAUCCUGAACAGGAUGGAGAAGACCUCGACUUAGGGCGUUAA